UAUCAUGGAGAAUUAAGCAUCUGGCUCGGACAGUAGGAAGCAACAUCAUGAUCAUAGCUUUAUGCCUUGUUCCUGUCAUUAAAUUUUUGGCAAAAUAUUCUGCAAGCACAACUGGCAAAGUAACACUAGGAGUCUUUGUAGGUGGAUUUGUACUUAUGAUGAUCUUUAUGGCUUCUAUGCAAUUUUUUGAGUUUUGGUUUUGGUUUCACUUAACACUAGAGAGACUGAAGAAAAUACUAUGGGCCGCAUCUUUAUUUCUGAUAAUCAUGAUUUUAGUCGCAAUUGGUCUUGGUGUGUUUCUUGCAAUAUAUUUCUCUGGAAGAGAAGGAGUAGCAGAAAUUGGAGCUUUUCUAACUAUCUUUAUAGUUCCGACGAUCGUGUUCUUAAUCCCAUUUGUUGGGUUCGGGAUAUUGCUGAUUCAUUACUUAAGGAGCGCUGAAGAAGCAAGAAUGCGAAAAUUUUUUAGCUUCUUUAAUUUAUUCCGAAGUUUAAAUGUGAUGUUUAACAUACUGAUACUUACUCUUUAUGUCCAUCUUAAUGCCUCGAUGCAACGCACAUUUUUACUGGGAUAUUUCAUCCCGAUUACAGUAGCUUCUUUGGGAAUGUGUGCAUGUAUUUUUGCCAAAGUAUUUCUGCGCUCAUUCAGACAUUUCUAUUUGGCCCAGAAAAUCCUUUUGGGGAUUUUUAUCACACUUCACCUAAUAUUAAGUUUCCUGUAUCUAAGUGUGAUUCUGGAACAUGACAAAGGACGACCUGAAAAAAUGUGCGAGUUUGUAUUCCUCUAUAUACUGACUGUCACAAACAAUGAUGACUGGAAUCGGGAUGAACACUGUGCCAAACCCCGUAAAUAUGUAUAUUUCUCAGGGGCUUUUGGUCUCCCUCUCCUGAAUUCUGUUGCCCUGGCUGUAGCAUUAAAACUCAAAGCAGACACAGGAAAACAGCCACUGGAUCUACGGCUGAUGGUCCUGAUUUCUGGGUCUGUCUUCCUCUUUGGCUGGUUUGUUGCACAGAUGUCUGCAUACUAUUUGUCCAGAAAAGGAAUAAUAAAAGAAGCGUUCACCCAGAUCAAAGAUCUUGAGCCAAACGAGAAGGCCGAGCUGAUACAGGAUCGGCUGUGGCUCCUGCAACACGCUGACGAGUGCCAGCAGCUCAAGCAGGGCUACAGGGAAUCGUGGUUGUGCUCCAGGCCCCAGUGCCGCACCAUGAGGAGGGUCGUGAAGCACAUGGAUAACUGCCAGGCCGGCACAUCCUGCCAGGUGAAGCACUGCGCUUCCUCCUGCCAGAUCAUCUCACACUGGGAGAACUGCACGCAGGAUGAUUGUCCCAUUUGCUUGCCACUGCAAAACGAGGGCUACUUGUGGCGCUACAACGUGCCCCAGGAGCACCACCUCUCACUGCAUGAAGUGGCACUUCUCCGGGUGGAGCUUCAGGCCUGCUGCCACCACCCUCUCCAGCACGAGUCGCAGGAGUCCGAAGAGGCACCGUAUACCAGAAUGUAGACCAGACACUCCUGCCUGGAGAAACCCACCAGCACCAUGUCCAUCAGCCUGGUGAAGGUGGCAGGUUGCAUCACCCAGUGUGGAUAGCAGCAGUGCGGGACCCCUGCAUCCUGGGGUUAGACUCCCUCAGGGCUACAAGCUGCUGGAUAGACCUAGAGUGCAGGACUCUGAGCUUCUGGGGAGGGCUGUCAUCACCCUGGCACCUUUGCUUGCCUAUCCUUAGAAUGGGUACAGCAUGGGGGGGGGCAGCCCACUCUCUCGCCCUCCACUGCCAGCCCCAGGGUGGCUCUGGCUGAACAUGGACCAGCUGCUUAGGGGAGAGAGUCCUGAUGAGCUGGUCCUUAGCAGCUCGCUCUGUACAGUGGGGGGGCAUGUGUACAUAGGCCGUCGCACCAGGUUCUCUGUACCGUUAGCUGCCCAAAGAGGCUCACCCAGUUGUCUACGGCAACCCCCCAGGUCACUUUUCAGGACGUCCGGUUGAUCAACCAAACUGGCUCCUCGGCGCCCCCACUAGUGCAGCAUAGCUGUGUCUGUCCCCAGGGCUGAGAGGCACAUGACCAGCUCCUACCAUGACCCCCCAUGAGGUAAAAGUGAGUUUUCAUAGACGCUGCAGCUGAGGCAAUGUGGGAGGCUUUGUGAGGGGGGGUCAUGCCCUCCCCCAUGUGAGACCUCGCAUAUGGAGAACACGCUACAGCUCCUGCCGCAGCUCUUCCUCUCCCACACCCUUGUCUCGCAAAUGCUCUCCAUGCUCCAUGAACAGCAGCACCACUGGGAAAACUUUCCAAAACUCUGCAACUGAAGCUUGUUAUCUAUCCAUCUAGGGGCCGGGUAGGACUAACGCAUAUCAUUCAUAACCCCGAACCAAAGCCAAAAUCGCCCCUCUUUGCAUCCAGGUCAGCCCCUUCCUCCUGCUCAAACCCUGGCAACACACAGCCCAAUACACGUGCCUUCCUGUGAUUGGCAGGAGCACUAUUAAGGAAUGUGAUCUUUCCCAUGUGUUACAUUGUCAUGGUCGUUAUAUCUGUCAAAGCAAGCUAAUGUCUUACAUUGUACAUGCAGGAAAGUUGUAUUUUACAUAUAUUUUGAUUGGCCUUAAUUUUAUUUUGUUACAUUAAAACUAUUCAUAAGCUGAAUGGUAAAUACCAUGGUCAUGGUAAUGAAAUUACUUGUUUGACUGAACAUGUCGAAAUUUA